AUGGAGAACAACAAAAGUGAGGAGAAACCGCUGCUUUUUACUUUAAGAGGAUUUCAUCUCUCUGAAGAUUAUGGCUUCCUUCUUCCAAAUCCUCUGAGUGAACUCCCUGCUCUCUAUGGGCCUUGGAUGGAGAUUGCCAACAACCUGCCUCACCUGAUCCAGAGCCAUCAGCUCCGUUCACAAGUGUACAAGAUGCCCCAGCUGAGCAGUCAGCAUCUCAAAGGGCAUCGAGAGCUACGCUUGGCCCACCUCGCACUCAGCUUCAUCACGAUGGGGUUCGUCUGGCAAGAAGGAGAGGAGGAGACGGUCAAGCUUCUGCCACGAAACCUUGCUGUUCCCUACUGGGAGAUCUCUCAGAUGCUGGGACUGCCUCCUAUCCUGGUUCAUGCAGAUUUUGUGCUAGCCAACUGGAAGAAAAAGAAUCUUAAUGGGCCUUUGGAAAUUGAGAAUCUGGACACCAUCUUUUCACUGCCUGGUGGAGAGAGUUUGAGAGGAUUCAUUUUAGUUACUUGCCUUGUUGAGAAGGCAGCAGCGCCUGGGCUUAAGGCCGUUGUUCAGGCAGGUAAUGCCAUCCUGCAGCCUGACAAAGAGGCCCUGCAUCAGGCCCUGCAAGAGAUGGCAAAGGCCAUUAAAGAGAUGACUGAUGCUUUGAAACGGAUGCACGACUAUGUGGAUCCAGCAAUAUUUUAUGCCGUGAUCCGGAUCUUUCUGUCUGGGUGGAAAGAUAACCCAGCAAUGCCAGGAGGGCUGAUAUAUGAAGGAGUUUCUGAUGAGCCUAUGUCCUAUUCUGGAGGGAGCGCAGCACAGAGCACAGUACUUCAUGCCUUUGAUGAAUUAUUAACAAUUCAUCAUAGCAAGGAAAGCACUGCAUUUCUACACAGGAUGAGGGACUACAUGCCACCCCACCACAGGGCCUUCAUAGAAGAAAUCCAGUCUGCCCCGUCACUGAAGCAACAUAUACUGUCCUCUGGAAAUGAAAAGCUGCGCAUAGCUUACAACCAGUGUGUGUCCGUUCUGGCAGACUUGAGAACCUACCACAUUGCUAUCGUCACCAAGUUCAUCGUCAUAGCAGCUGCUAAUGCCAAAGCCAAGAAAGGAAAGCCAAGCCACUGGGCGGGCAACUUUCAGAUUAACCCGCCUUCGUCGUUACAAGAGAGGGGCACCGGUGGCUCAGGCAUCCUGAGCUUCUUGAAGAGUGUCAGGGACACGACGAGAGCAGGAAUAAUACAAGGUUAA